AUGGCAUGGCAAACACGUGGCAUUCGGUUAAGUAGUUUCUUGAGGAAGUCUGGUGAGAUGUUCUUCCAGGCCUCUUGGAGGAGUUCCCAAAGAUGCUCAGCAGAAGUUGGCUGCUUUGCCUUUCAUGAUUCUGUCAAGUUCAUCCCAAACCAUCUCGAUAGGAUUCAGAUCGGCUCUUCAAGGAAAGCAUCUCCUCUGCAGAGGAGAGCUUCACCAUCUGUUUCCACCAAACCAUCAUCUGCUGUCAGUGAAAGACACCAGAGACCUCCAGACACACAGAAUGGGAUAGUAUUCACCAACAAGGAGGCUGUCGGUGCCUGGGUCAAUGGAGGUGCAGAGGAUCAAGUAGACACAGCCGGAGGGGGGACAACUACACCUACUGGCAAAAUCAUCCCCAGAGAUGUAAUGGAAAAGUGUCAGGAAAGUGAAGUGACCAAGGUGUAUGACAUUGAUCUCCAUGGAGCAAAUAUCGGUACCAUAAAAAACUUGGACAUGUUCAUAAACCUCCGAGUACUGGACCUCUCCUGUAAUUGCAUCAGGAAUAUUGAGAAUCUUGCCAAUAACAAGGAUCUGAGGGAUCUGAAGCUGUAUGAUAAUAGGAUAAGUGCCAUUGCUAACAUUGAAAGGUUACAAGAGCUAUGUUCACUGCAACUCCAGCACAACAAAAUUAGAACAAUAGGUAAAGGACUUGCAUUGUCAAGGAAGUUGAAAGUCUUGAGAAUAGAUAGCAAUUAUUUGGGAAAGAUCGAAGCCAGGGAGUUGGCAGCCUGUUCACAACUCACCUAUCUUGAUAUCAGCUCAAACAAGCUUGACAGUUUAGCGGCCUUGAAUGCACUGUCGUCAUUAGAAGAGCUCCGUGCAACACACAACUGUUUAAGAGCGGUUACAGAUCUCAAGAGAUGUCGCAAACUACAAGAGAUUGAUGUAUCAAACAACAAGAUAGCAGAUUUAAGUGGAAUCAAGGGGCUCCAUAAUUUGACAGUUUUGAGGAUAUCGCACAAUCAGUUAACGGUCGACACGUUGAAAGCUGUAGAGAGGCUUAGGUCAUUACACACUCUUGAUGUCUCUCACAAUAAGAUCAGUGAAUUAGAGUUCACUGUCGAUCAGUUCCCAGCUCUUGAAGUUCUCAAUGUCUGUAACAAUAGAGUUGUCAGAUGGAAAUCAGUGCUUUCAUUACAUAAAUGUCAACAUUUGUCAGAGUUGUAUGUUCAGGGAAAUCCAUUUUCGCAACCAGAAGGAGAAAAACCAAGUUAUCAUCAAGAGCUACAAGCAAGUUUAUUGGGUCUUGAGAUCCUAGAUGGUGCUGUGAUCAAGAGGAAUACAGGAAAUAAAACAGCUCCCAUUAUGAGACCUAUGUCAGCAUCAACAGUUGUGAGUGCAAGACAGGUGGAGAAUCAAUUGAAGCAUUCUGAUCAAGACCUGACAGAUUUCAUGACCAGCCUUUCAAACAGGUUUGCUAACAUCCGUACCGUCCUGAACACCUUACCCAGUGAACCACCAAGCCGUAGACCAAUGACGGGAUUCUCUGAUGAUCUAUCCAUUCGUAGUGUGUCUGCUAUGUCAGAUGGCAGACCAAAGACCAGGUGCAACAGUCGGAGUAGAAUUGCCGAUGCCAAGGCCUUUGCAUCCCAGAAUUUCUCGGGAUCAUAGCUGAACACUCCGGUGAUGAUCUCUAAUUUUUAUCCAUCUUCUAUAAAAAGAGAGUAUGUAUGUAUGCUUGUAGAAGGCAGCAUCAUCUGAGGAUUAUAUUUUGCUUUGUAUAGACAUAUUACCCAGGUCAUCAGAUUGUGGCUUACAUAUACAUGUAGCUGUACAUGGUGCAUACCCUUUCUCCAUAUACGGAGGAGCUUUCCGUGAAGUUUCUAAACUCAAUUACGAGGCAUACUACACCCCUGGGUGGAGAGCGGUAUAGAAAUAUUAUUUCCCAGGUCAUCAGAUCCUGGCUUACCCGUACAUGGUGUAUGCCUUUUCUCCACUUCCUGGGGAGCUUUCGGGCAAUAUUCCAAACUCAGUUACGAGGCAUACCACACCCCUGGGUGGAGAGAGGCAAGGUGCAAGCUCAAAGGAGGCUAGGCCAGAGGGGAUUCGAACACACUACCCUCCGAUUACAAGGGGUGAGGAGGUUAGAUUCACUGCACCUCAGUGCUUCCACAUAAUUGACUUUUUGACUUGAUUCCGAAUCCUGGACUGUAAAAUCACAAGACAAGCGCUUUCUGACUGAAUCAUCACGGAACGUAACAUUGUAGUCGCACUAUGGAGAUUGUUGUCUUUACAAGCGGAGGUGGAUCAUCGGAUACUCCUUUGGUGUUAUCUGAAUUAUAACUAAAAGUCUAGAGGAUCUACCGGUUGGUCUUCAGUUUGGGUUACAUUUAUUCGCUAUUGAAGCAAUACAGCAGGGAAAAAAAUGACAGGGGCUUUGGGCAAUUUCACCCAUGAAAUACUCAAAUGAGUCCUGGAAACUUGAAAAGGAGCCCUGGAAAAUCCCCAUUCUUUGCAAUGUUAAAGGUCAAGUCCAUCCCAGAAAAAUGUUGAUUUGAAUAAAUAGAGAAAAAUCAAACCAGCAUAACGCUGAAAAUUUCAUCAAAAUCGAAUGUAAUAUAAGAAAGUUAUGGCAUUUAAAGUUUCGCUUAUUUUUCGCAAAACAGUGAUAUGCACAACUCAGUUACAUGCGAAUGAGUCAGUCGAUGAUGUCCAUCACUCACUAUUUCUUUUGUUUUUAUUAUUAUAUAAGGACCAAGUUGACCGAACCAUAUAGUAUUAAACAAUGCUAAUUCCACAUGUUCAGGGAGGAAUUAUUCGUUGUUUCACUUGACAAUGAGGAGAUAAUUAGAAUAUUUCAUAUAAUAAAAUACAAAAGAAAUAGUGAGUGGAUGACGUCAUCAGUCUCCUCAUUUGCAUACCGACCAGGAUGUGCAUAUAACUGUUUUGUGAAAAUUAAGCGAAACUUAAAAAUGUCAUAACUUUCUUAUUUUACAUCAGAUUUUGAUGAAAUUUUUAGUGUUAUGCUUAUCCAGUGUUGCAGAAUUAGGCAGAAAUUUGUGAAAAGUAUUCCCCAAAUACAUUCAAACUAAAAUUUUGCCUGCCGUACAGAUGAUUACCCCUGCAAGAUAGGGUUAUCCUUUGCGAUAUGGCUAUAGAGUAUCGGGGACUUUCAAAGUUGCAUGUCAACAAUUCAGAAUUGUUCAAGAAAAACAUCAAUCGUGAUUGUGCUCAAAUAAUGUACCAUUCACUAAUAAUGAGCAUCCGAUGCUGGCACCAGAUCCAAAAUAGAGGGAUCAUUGCUUUUUUAAAAUUAUAUAUCAUUAGCUUGAGAGUUGAAUGAUUUUUUUUUAUGUGUCAGUAUUGGCUGAUAUUGAAGUUUUCUUGGAGCACUGUAUCAAUACUAUUAUGAAACACUCAAUAUUCACUUGUAUAAAAUUUUAUCUAUAAAAUCAAAACAGAGUGUAUAGCAAUUAGAAAAUAUAUAUGCACUGCCUUUUGUACCUAUUAGUACUUCUUUAUUGCAAAAUGCGUGAUAUUAUGCAGUCUCAUAAAAGUUUAUAUUCCCCUCACAUGUGAUUACAUGGUAAUUUGCAACCACAGAUUUAAGUCUUCACAUUGAACUGUAAAAUGUGUUGUGUGUUGGUUAUCGACUAUUUAAGUCACAGAAAUGAGUUUAUUUUGUAUUCAUAAUAUUCUGUUAAUUAUGAAAGCUAUUGUUGUAUUAUCAUUAUAGCUUUAAGUCAACACCUUGAGGUGAAGGUUUUAUUCAUUUUCGUGCAAUUUCAUUUUGCAGAGGAGCUCCUGUCCAACAUUCUAUUACUUUGUACAAAUUGACAAUACUUUUUAUAAGGCCUGUGUGAAGUAUACUACCAAUUAUCUUUGAUUCUGAUGAAAUAAAACUUCGGAGGAUGUACAGUUAAAGGGUGUGGUAUGUGAGACCUGACAUACACCGCAAUACUGAAUAUCAUGAAAUCCCAGUAUCUCUUCAAAGGUGUUGUACAUAUAUAUCAAAGAUAGAGACAAUCUAACUUGUAUUGUGAUUAUGAUCAUAUCUUAGUAAUAAAAAAAAAAUCUCAAAUACCACUUACGUACAGAGCUGCCAACCUAAACAAGAACAUCGCUAGGGAGCGUUUCAUCAUCAUUUUUGACUGACAAGUUGUCAUAUCUGAAAAAUUUCCUUGAUUUUGAUGGGCUGAGAUGCACAGUUCCCAUGGUAACUGUCGGAUAAAAAAGGACUUGUCAGACGAAAUUCAUGAAAUGCUCCCCAGUAUUUUAAAAGCUGAAAAUUUGUAUUUUGUGGGGAAAUCAAUAUUUCAAAAGAAAUAUCAGAGGAAAACACAUCAGCUGAAAGUUUAGAAAUCAGUUAUUUAUAAAGUCAAAAAGGGGCCUAAGCUUUCGAUCCUAGCAGAAUCUUCGUCGGAGGCAAAAUGACAAACAUAUAAAGUUAUUUGCAUGAAACCAUCAGGAUUCUUCACAUUUUUCUGAUAAUAAAAACUUAAAUUCAGUCCUAGUUGGCAGCUCUGUGUAUUUUUUCCCAGUCUUGAUAUAUUGUAGGCCUUCCCUACUUAACCAAUCAUAAACUUUUACAUUUGAAAUGAAUAUAUUAUGCCAUACUAAUGAAUAUUUAGUACAGGCAAUCUUAAAUUGUGGAUAGUGUUGAUGAUGUAAAUAAAUGGAAUACACAUAUUUUGAAUUUCGAAACUUAUAA